AUAAUUUCUUCAAUCAUAUUUUUUUCUUGAACUUGCGAAAACUGAGUUUUGAUCAGAUGUCUGGGAAGUAAACAAAAUAUCGCUGUACAUAACAUCUCUCGAUGGAUAUAAUGAGGAGAAUUUUUAAUCGUAUCUUUGCGACUAUUUAAAGGCAACCACCAAUAAAAAAAUUUUGGUUAAUGUAGGUUAAAUUGGGCAACACUUAUUGAACUAGUGAAAACGAGUUUUGAUCAGAUGUCUAGGAAUUGAAAAAAAAUAUCACUGUACGUAAUAUCACUCAAGAGAUAAUAUUUUAAAAAUUUACCAAGGCAUUUUCAUAUUUUGGCUCCUAGUAUGACUCGGUAGAAGCAGUAACCAAGGAAUAAUUUUUGGAUAUCGUAGAUUCGAUUGGAAAAUAGUGUAAUCCAUAUAUAUAAAAACAUUUUCGAAAUGGUUUGAAAUAAAAAUGCUUCCUUUUUUAUUACGGAGAUAAAAUUCUAUCCCCUUCCAACCUUUCAUCGAAAUUGGUAGCAAGAAUUUUUGAAUUAUUUCGAACUUUUCGAUGAUGCUUUAGUUUUAUUGGCCUUGGUUAUUUGUGGCUUCAAAUUAUUGUACAAACAAAGCAUUACAGAUUCUUGUUAUGUAUGGGAGUAAUCAUACAGUUGUUAUCAUAUGUAUGGGCUUACAUGGAUGUAUUUGUUUUGUGUCUCUGUAGGUGCCAAUGUCAGUGUGUUAGAUUUUAUGUUCCUGUGUGCCUUUUAUUUUAAUUAAUUAAUUUAACGUGGUAAAUUUUUUUUUUUUAGAAUUUAAGAUAAUUCAAAUUUCUAACGUUUUAUACCGUUUUCAAAAUGUCCUCGAAACGACAUAAAAUUGAAAAUGAAAUUAUAAAAUAUAGAAAUGAAGGCAGUUGGUCGAAAAUCGACGAAGCUUCAAAGUUAUUGUCGAAAAAAUGUGGCUCCGCUGACCCCGCAGUUUUGCUCUUAGAGGGGGAGGUUAAACUUGAGACGUAUCUUCAAGAAAAUCCACCAAGGCGUGAAAAUGUUGCGAAAUCUAAGAAAGAUCUUGCGCAAUUGAAAGUGAAAUUACAAGAAGUUAUGGCAUCCGAAUGCAAAGAUACUCUAUUUGACAUAAAGAAAGAGUCUUGCCUGCUUUUAUGCAGAUUACUCUAUGCGCAAGGGAACACCAAAGCCUGUAUUAACAUGAUGAAAAACUUGGAUUUAGAAAAAUUGGGACAAGAGGAACAUUGUUACCAAAUAAGACUCGUUUCUGAAGUUUAUGCGAUAAAAGGACUUUGCUUGGAACAUUCAAGGUUAAAAUUUGCCUCUGGGGAAAUUUUAGACGAUAAAGAAAUAAUUCAAUCUUACGAACGCUCGACUGAAAUAGCGUUUGAUUAUAUAGCGGAAUUUGAAAGGCUUCAGGGUCAAGGGUUAACUGCCGAGCCUCCGAUAAGUCAUGGUAUGGAACUUGCAUUUCAAAGAGGUCCGUUACUUCAUAUGAAAAAUGGGGAUGUUGAAAUCGGGAUUGAAAAACUACGAAAAGUGUUGCAAUCAAAGAUUACAUCUUCUGUGCAGCAAACUUUGGCUCGAGAUCUGGCAACAGUGCUUAUCAGAGGAAUUUCUGAUGUCACAUAUAAAUCUCCCACUCCCACACAAAACGGGGAUGAUCCUGAGGGUUCAAAGGCUAAAAAAUUAGUUUUAAAACAUGGUGGUGGAAGUCCUACAGCUACAUUUACAAUUUCGCCGAUUGAACGGUCAUUUUCACCAACAGAUUGCACACAAGAAUCAAUUUUACUUCUUAUUAUCUCUGAGACAAUGUUUAAUACCGAUCCUAUCUUGGAUAUGUCGCCUGAAUAUUCAGAAGCCCGCUCGGAGCUUUUGCGGAAUUCAAGAACUCUCUAUGAUCUCCUAGCGGUCGCAUUGGGUGAAUAUUCACAAUAUGAAAUGUUUGCAAAAAGCAUUGAAGCCUCGCUGAAAUACGCUUACAAGGAAUUCCAUAUUUGGUUUCAGUAUGGGUUAUCAUUACAAUCCGCUGGUAGACUGGAUCGAGCAGUUAGAGUAUUUAUGGAAUGCAGCCAGAUCCGGCCCGAAAAUCCAGCACCGUAUCUAUUAGCAGCGAAAAUAUGCUUUGAAAGUUUAAAUGACAUCGAGAAUGGGAUAGAUUUUGCUAAAAAAGCAUUGAAUUCUGCUUCAGUUAUUCCGCAAAAUGAUGAUGAGAACGAAAACUUUGAUGAUUACUUGUCCGCUGCACAUUUAGCAGUCGGAAUAGGAUAUUCCUAUCUUUGCGUUGACGGCACACCCAGAGAUAAAGUCAAAGAGCUUCGUUCGAAAGCAAUUUUACAUUUCAAUGAAGGUCAUAACGUUGACCCUCAAGACUAUAAGCCACUUCUCUUUAUGGCUGUCGAAAUGGCUUUGGAUCGAAGAAUAAAUGAUGCGAUAACGCAUGUGAAAGAGGCAUUAGAACUGCAACCAUACGAUUUAAAUUGUUUACAUCUUUUAGUUCUUUUACUCACGGCACAAAAGCAAUUUAAAAAGGCUUUCACAAUUCUGGAAACAGCAACGAAAUUUUACCCAGAAAACAUAAACCUUCUCUUCACAAAAUGUAAAAUGGAAAUGUACGUCGGCCGCGACAAGGACGCUUUGUGUACUUGUCACUCGAUGGCACAAAUUUAUAAGACUUUACAUGAAGCGCGAGAGAGCAACGCAAUGAACACUGAGGCCAUGUUGGAUCGUCUAACUUCUGAUGGAUUGAGCGUAACAAAUCAGAGUAUUGGAAACGAAUUGGAUUUAAAUGAUGGCGGUUCGUUUAUCGGUUCGGUCGCGGCUUCACGAAUGGAACGUGGAUUAUCUGAUAUUGAGUCUUCACUUGGCAAUUUCCAUCCUAUGAAUGUUGGUAUAUCGAUGGCACACCCUUCGCUACUACAGGCCCAUAUCUGGUUAAUUACUGCCGAAGUCUACCUUACUCUACAGCGGUUUGACGAAACUGGUCAGUGUGUACAAGAAGCAUCAGCGUUGUUCCCGUUAUCACAUUCAGUUUUGUACACUAGAGGCAGGCUUGCACAAUGCCGAGGUGACCAAUCAGAAGCUUGCACAAUGUACGAAAAUACCAUCACAAUAAACCCUAAACAUUACAAAGCAUUAUGGGAAUGGGCGAAAAUUUUAAUCGAUCAAAAGCAACUCGAAUUUGCUAAAAAACUUUUACAAGAUGCUGUCAAAUUAAACCCAAUGUCUCAUGAAAUAUGGCUUUGUCUUGGUGAUGUUUUGCAAGAAUUAGAAGAUGCGGACGGCUCAGUAGAAUGCAUGACCAUGGCUAUUAACAUCGAGGCAACGUCACCUGUUGUCCCUUUCACCACUGUAUCUAGAGAUUUGUAAUUUUUUUUAUAGGAAAGUUUUUGUUCAUUGUUUUUACUCUUUGCUCAGAACAAGGCUCUGCAUAAAAAGCAUCCUAGAUGUAAAGAAAUACACGUUUUUUUAGAACAGGACUCUUCAAACUUGGGGUCCCGACCGUCUGGUAGGUUAAAGGGCUUAGUGGGGGUCACAGUACAUAUUAUAAGAUUAUUGUCAGAACUAGCUUCAAAUUCAAGAUUCAGAACCAAUACUCCAUAUUUCCAAGUUCAAGUCAUUUUAUUGGAACAUAUUAUUAUGAUAAAAACUUUUUCCCCAUUUUGUGCUCCUUUCCGAAUGCGGUACUCCCAUAGUGUGUGUACCAGGUUAGGGUUAUGCCAUAAUUUUAUUCCGAUUUUCCUUCUAUUACAAGUUCGUGGACUGUCUGUGUUAGCCAAGUGAAUAUACCUCCUGCCCAUAGGUUUCAGUCCCUCACACAACUUGAUGUACAGUGGGUAACAAAAUUAGUUACUUAUAUAUUGGUGCACAUACUUCUGGAGCGUCAUUGUUUCUGAUAUAAGUAAGCAUAAUGUUCAAAGCACCAUGUUAAACAUACCAGGUAAAUUAAUAAAAUUCGAGUAUAUCUGUUAUUUUUGAGUUCACCUGUACAAAGUGUAGAAUUUAUUUACACAAUGACUAUUAUUUUAUGUUUCAACCAUUUAUCCCUAAUUUACCAUAUUGUUGUUGCAGUAGUUUUUUAAUAUUCAGAAUGUUGUAAAAUGUUAAUCCAUCUUAAAAAUAUAUAUUGAAAUGGCAUUUGUGCAAUAAAUUGAUAUUGUAUGCAA